AUGGCACGAGGCAACGGGGAGAAAGGAGGCCGAGGAGGGCGAAGCCAUGGCCAAGGACAAUCCCGAGAGGUGCAAAUAUCCAAAGCUCUGAGUCUACUCCUCCCGGCACGCCGCGGAGAAAGAGGGGCUCAAGAUGAAUGCCCAGGGUUACGCCAACGUCGCAGAGGUGCGUUCGUCCAACAGCUCCAAUGGCGAAAGCUCAAGUCCAUCAAAGCCACCUUUGACGAGAUCCGGCACGCGGUCGACACCUCCGACAAAAAACGGUUUGCGCUCCUCUACAUCCCCUCAUCUGAGGUCGCAGGAUCAGAAGGCUCCCCCAUGGCCGCCCCGAAUUUCGAUACCGGUGCAGUCAGGGAGCCCGUCUCGACAGAAGAACAGUCGAGUGCGACAGCGCAAGCGCUCGCUGUUCCCGAUACCGACCCCUCACAUUUCCUCAUCCGCGCCACGCAGGGCCACAGCAUGAAAAGCGUAGACGCCUCCUCUUUCCUCGAGCCGCUUUCCCUCAACGAUACUCAAUUGCCGGACACGGUCGUCCACGGGACGUUCUACGGGGCUUGGCAGGCCAUUCUGCAGUCGGGGGGGGCUACAAUGUAUGGGACGACACCAUGGCCGUCCGUGGAGUCGGUCUUAGCAUCUGUAGAGGCACAGAAAGGGGGAGCGAAGGAAUCCAGCGAGAAGACGGUGAUCUCAGGGAUGCGCUGGGAUGCGCAGGUCCUGAUUUACAUUGAUCUUCGGAAAGCACUCCAGGCUGGGUGUCCGUUCUGGAGGAGUGAAAACGGGGUUAUCCUCAGCGAAGGACUCUCUCUUCCUCAGGCGGAUGAUGCAGAUGGAACACCUGCCAAAGUGGUCCCAGUAGAAUUCUUCGAUGUCGUGGUGGAGCGGAAGGCGGGAUUGGGGAAGCUCUGGGAGAAGGGGAAGGUCUUGCAGGAACUGCCCACGCAUCUGGUCAACAAGGGAACUCCCAAGCAGAGAAAGUAG